GGUGGUGCCAAAUAAUGGGGCCUAGGCUUCCCCUCCCUGCGUGUGUGGUUCUUUCCUCCCUCCGAUCUGUGAUUAGGCCGUACGUGGCCCUGGCAAGGAGUUGAAAAAAUAAAAAGCAGCAGAAAAGAAAGCGAGCACACAGCCCGACCCUGCUUCGCGGAGCGCCGGGGGAGGGGGCGGAGGAGGCUGAGCCAGGCAGAGUCGCCAGCGGCGACUUGAGAGUGGCGCGCGGAGGGGCGGCCGCCUGCUCGCCCUCUUCGGCCGAUUCUUCCCCGCCGCCGUUCUCUUCCUUUCUUUUCCUUUUUCUUUUUUGCCUGGAGGGGGUGGGGAGCGGGAGCCGAGAGAGUGAAAGCAAAAUAUUAAAAAGCACCCAAGACAGCCAGCGAGAGCGCGCGCGGUGACCGAUGGCUUCGCUGUACCAGAGGUUCACCGGCAAGAUCAACACCUCGCGCUCCUUCCCGGCGCCCCCGGAGGCCAGCCGCCUCCUGGGCGGCCAGGGGGCCGAGGAGGACGGCGGCGCCGGGACGAAGCCCCUCGGCCCGCAGGCGCAGGCGGCGGCGCCCCGGGAGCGCGGCGGCGGCGGCGGCGCGGGUGGCCGGCCCCGGUUCCAGUACCAGGCGCGGAGCGACUGUGACGAGGAGGACGAGCUGGUGGGGAGCAACCCUCCUCAGAGGAACUGGAAAGGCAUCGCCAUCGCUCUGCUGGUCAUUCUGGUCAUCUGCUCCCUGAUCGUCACCUCGGUCAUCCUGCUGACACCAGCGGAAGACAACAGUCUGUCCCAGAAGAAGAAGGUCACCGUGGAAGACCUCUUCAGUGAAGAUCUCAAACUCCACGACCCCGAGGCCAAAUGGAUAAGUGAUAAAGAAUUCAUCUACAGAGAACGGGAAGGCUCCGUGAUACUGCGGAACGUCGAAACAAAUGACUCUACAGUGUUAAUAGAAGGCAAAAAAAUUGAAUCAUUAAGAGCCAUCAGAUACGAAAUAUCUCCAGAUAAAAAAUAUGCCCUUUUUUCGUACAAUGUGGAACAAAUAUACCAGCACUCCUACACGGGAUACUACGUCCUCAGCAAACUUCCUCACGGAGAUCCUCAGAGUCUGGACCCUCCGGAGGUGAGCAACGCCAAGCUUCAGUACGCAGGAUGGGGUCCCAAAGGCCAGCAGCUGAUCUUCAUCUUUGAGAACAACAUCUACUACUGUGCGCACGUGGGGAAGCAGGCCAUCCGCGUGGUCUCCACCGGGAAGGAGGGCGUGAUCUACAACGGCCUGAGCGACUGGCUGUACGAAGAGGAGAUUCUGAAGACCCACAUCGCGCACUGGUGGUCUCCCGAUGGCACGAGGCUGGCCUAUGCCACCAUCAACGACUCCCGUGUCCCCCUCAUGGAGCUGCCCACCUACACGGGCUCCGCCUACCCCACCGUGAAGCCCUACCACUAUCCCAAGGCCGGCAGUGAGAACCCCAGCAUUUCCCUCCACGUCAUCGGCUUGAACGGACCCACCCACGACCUGGAGAUGAUGCCCCCUGACGACCCUCGGAUGAGGGAGUACUACAUCACCAUGGUGAAGUGGGCGACCAGCACCAAGGUGGCUGUGACCUGGCUGAACCGCGCACAGAACGUGUCCAUCCUGACCCUGUGUGAUGCCACCACCGGGGUCUGCACCAAGAAACACGAGGAUGAGAGUGAAGCUUGGCUGCACAGACAGAAUGAAGAGCCAGUGUUCUCCAAGGAUGGCCGGAAGUUCUUCUUUGUCAGAGCGAUCCCGCAGGGGGGACGAGGAAAGUUCUACCACAUCACUGUGUCCUCAUCCCAGCCCAACAGCAGCAAUGACAACAUCCAGUCCAUCACCUCCGGGGACUGGGACGUGACCAAGAUCCUGUCCUACGAUGAGAAGCGGAAUAAGAUCUACUUCCUGAGCACGGAGGACCUGCCGCGGAGACGCCAGCUCUACAGCGCCAACACGGUGGGCAACUUCAACAGGCAGUGUCUGUCCUGUGACCUGGUUGAGAACUGCACCUACUUCAGCGCCUCCUUCAGCCACAGCUCGGACUUCUUCCUGCUCAAGUGUGAAGGUCCUGGAGUGCCCACUGUGACCGUGCACAACGCUACAGACAGGAAAAAACUCUUUGACCUGGAGACGAAUGAGCAUGUCCAGAAGGCCAUCAGUGACCGGCAGAUGCCCAAAAUCGAAUACAGGAAGAUCGAGAUUGAUGAUUAUAACUUGCCGAUGCAGAUCCUAAAGCCGGCGACCUUCACKGACACAACCCACUACCCCUUGCUCCUGGUGGUGGACGGCACUCCCGGGAGCCAGAGUGUGGCGGAGAAGUUUGAGGUGACUUGGGAGACGGUGAUGGUGAGCAGCCAUGGGGCGGUGGUGGUCAAAUGUGACGGCCGAGGCAGCGGCUUCCAAGGCACCAAGCUCCUGCAUGAAGUGAGGAGGCGGCUGGGCGCCCUGGAGGAGAAGGACCAAAUGGAGGCUGUGAGGACCAUGCUGAAGGAGCAGUACAUCGACAGAACGCGGGUGGCUGUGUUCGGGAAGGACUACGGCGGAUACCUGAGCACUUACAUCCUCCCGGCCAAGGGUGAAAAUCAAGGCCAGACCUUCACCUGUGGCUCUGCUCUGGCGCCAAUAACGGACUUCAAGCUGUACGCGUCUGCGUUUUCUGAGCGGUACCUGGGCCUCCACGGACUGGACAACAGGGCGUACGAGAUGACCAAGGUGGCCCACCGGGUGUCGGCGCUGGAGGAACAGCAGUUCCUGCUCAUCCAUGCCACGGCGGACGAAAAAAUCCACUUCCAGCACACAGCAGAGCUCAUUACACAGCUCAUUAAGGGAAAGGCUAAUUACAGCUUACAGAUAUACCCCGACGAGAGCCACUACUUCCACAGCGCUGCGCUCCAGCAGCACCUCUACAGGUCCAUCAUCAACUUCUUUGUGGAAUGCUUCAGGGUCCAGGACAAGCUACCAGCCGCUGCAGCGAAAGAGGACGAGGAGGAGGACUGA